AUGGAUGGCUUGUCGUUAUACGAGCAGAAGUCACUCUUGAUACAAAGGGAACUGGAUGCUAUGGGCAUGGGAAAAUAUCAGUGGUACAUAUGGAGUCUUUGUGGUCUUGGAUACUUCUUGGAUCUACUAUGGGCACAAGCAUUCGGACUUAUUGCUACCCCGUUGCAGAAAGAGCUUGGUUUUAGUGGUAUAGACGGACAAUUGGGAGACAUUUUCACAGCAUUCAGCUCAGGUCUGACAGCUGGUGCGUUCGUCUGGGGUGUAUUGGUGGACAUCAUCGGUCGUCGCUGGGCUUUCAAUGGCACUGUUCUAAUAACUUGCAUCUUCGGCCUCUCUCUCGGAGCACCAAAUACCUAUAAUGCAGUUCUCGUCCUCACUGCGUUCAAUGGGUUUGGAAUUGGAGGAAACAUCCCAAUUGACACCACGAUUUGUCUCGAGUUCUUGCCGAAGAAUCGACGAUUUCUCCUCGCACUCCUCUCGAUCUUUCAACCUCUUGGGGUCAUUGUCUGUUCAGGUAUCGCAUACGGCUUCAUACCCAAAUACUCGUGCGACUCGGAACUACUAUCAUGCCAUUCAUCGUCGCUCGCUCCUGGCGCACCAUGCUGUACCAAAUCGUCAAACUACGGAUGGAGAUACCUGAUGUUCACUCUUGGUGGCAUAUCUCUAUUCGUCUUCAUUAUGCGAUUCGUCGUCUUCACAUUCCAAGAGAGCCCUAAAUAUCUGUUGAGCAAGGGUAAAGAUGAACAGGCUCUGAGAGUACUAGACAAUGUUGCGAAAACGAACGGGACUCAAUCUCGAAUCACAAUGGCGACUUUUGAGAAUCUCCGGGAGAGCGAAGGACAACGAUCGAGCUCCGACUCUUCAGGUACAGCCAUGAUUCGAGAAGGAAACCUGGUUGGGUCAAAACGAUUCGUGGAUGCACCAAUGGAAAGCAUCAAAACAGAGCUCAAGCGCGUCAGCAUUCUGUUUUCUACGGCUACUCUGGCCAGAUUGACGAUCCUGGUAUGGAUCAUCUAUGCUUUCGAUUAUUGGGGAUUUUCGGUUGCUGGAUCAUUCCUCCCCACCAUCCUAGCAAGGAAGAACUCUAGCAUCAAUGUUUCCAUCUCUGAAACCUACCGAGACUACAUAAUAAUCUACACACCCGGACUCGUUGGCGUCGCUCUCGGUGCUUUACUUAUUCAAGUUCCCCACGUCGGACGCAAAUACGCCAUGUUUACCUCCUCUCUUCUCAUGGCUGUAUCCCUUUUCUUAUUUGCAGCAGUCAACACGCAAGCUAGCAACGUGGGCUUAAACACCAUGGAGUAUUUCUUCCAAAGCAUGUUCAACGCCAUCCUGUACGGUUGGACACCAGAAGCGUUCCCUGCCUCUGUUCGCGGCACUGCAUCUGGCGUAGCUUCAUUCUGGGGUCGGUUAUUCUCGAUUUUUAGUCCCUUAAUUGCUGCUCAUUUGCUGGAAAAAAGCUUGAAUGGGCCAUUAUAUUUGGCGGGAGCAGGGGUGUUGGUAUGCUGUGUGGCGAUUCUGGGAUUGCCGGGCAAGACGAUGGUUGGCGACGACUUAUGA